AUGAAACCAAGUAAGCAACAUGUCCUGCUGCUAUGGAUUCUACUUUCCUCCACUGUGAUCAAGACAAUUGAGCCCUUCAGCAGUUUCAAAUUCCCUAAUUUAAAAGUGACAUGGAAUUCUAUUUGGGGUGAGAGAUGUAAUUCAUACUGGAUUUCCUUCAACCAGACAGGUCUGAAGGCUGACCUGAGAAACAAACUCUUUGGACAGCACAUUGCUUCAAAUAUCAUUUUUAAAUCUGUGAGUGGAUUUAUGAAAGAUGAUAACCCAAAGAAGCCUCUGGUGCUCUCUCUGCACGGACCAACUGGCACAGGGAAGAACUUUGUUAGCCAGCUGAUUGCAGACAAUGUUUACAAGAAGGGAUAUCACAGCAAGUUUGUUCACGUGCUCUCAGCUACACUUCACUUCCCCCAUCGAAGUGAAAUUGUAACCUAUAAAUCUCAGUUACAGGAGUGGAUCAAAAACAGCGUUACAAACUGUGAACGCUCAAUUUUCAUAUUUGAUGAGAUGGACCGAAUGCCUCCUGGUGUGAUUGACAGCAUAAAGCCAUAUCUGGACUAUGGAAAAGUGGAAGGAGUUUUUUUUCAAAAAUCGAUCAUCAUCUUUCUCAGCAAUACAGGAGCAGAUCAAAUUACAAAAACAGCUGUAGAUUUCUGGAACAAUGGAAAAGAUCGAGAAGAGAUGAUGCUCAAAGAUUUUGAAAGUUUCAUUUCUCCUAUAAUUUUCAACAGUGAUCAAAGCAGUUUUUCAAAGUCAGCUUUGAUAUACAGUUGUCUGCUUGACUUUUUCAUCCCAUUCCUGCCUCUGGAGUACAAACAUGUUGUACAGUGUGUGAUGGCUGCGAUGAGAGACAAAGGUCUUCGGCCAGAUGAGAAUGUGGCAGACCGGGUGGCCAGAAGUUUAGUCUAUUACCCCAAACUGGAGAAAGUAUUUGCCGUGAGUGGCUGCAAGACAGUAGUAAAUAGGCUUCACUUUCACAGAUGA